AUGAAACCAGCUUCUGCAAUGGAGGACUUUGCACUGAAGGAGACUUCUCCUGCAAUAGGCGGGACCGGGUUAGCAGGGGAGAAACUGACCUCGACUUAUGACCUUGUUGAGCAAAUGCAGUAUCUCUAUGUCCGUGUAGUUAAGGCAAAGGACCUCCCCGGAAAAGAUGUAACAGGAAGUUGUGACCCUUAUGUAGAAGUAAAGCUAGGAAACUACAAAGGAGCAACUAAGCACUUUGAGAAGAACACUAAACCCGAGUGGAACCGAGUUUUUGCCUUCUCAAAAGAGCGAAUUCAAGCUUCUAUAGUGGAGAUUCUGGUAAAGGAUAAGGAUGUUGUUAAGGACGAUUUCUUAGGGAGGGUUAUAUUCGACCUGAAUGAGGUGCCGAAGAGGGUCCCACCUGAUAGCCCUCUCGCACCUCAAUGGUACAGGCUCGAGGGGCAAAAGGGGGAUAAGGUGAAAGGGGAGCUUAUGUUGGCUGUUUGGAUGGGGACACAAGGUGAUGAGGCAUUUCCCGAGGCUUGGCAUUCUGAUGCGGCUUCUGUUGGUGGGGACGCUGUUGGGAAUAUCCGGUCAAAAGUUUACCUUUCGCCUAAGCUUUGGUAUGUGAGGGUGAAUGUCAUUGAAGCUCAAGAUUUGGUUCCCAACAAUAACAUAACCCGGUUUCCAGAUGUUUAUGUUAAGGCAAUGCUUGGAAAUCAAGGUUUUAAGACUAAACCAUGUCAGGCUAAGACUCUGAACCCAAUGUGGAACGAGGACUUGUUGUUUGUAGCCGCCGAGCCAUUUGAGGAACCCUUGUUCUUGAGUGUGGAAGAUAGGGUUGGACCGGGGAAGGAGGAAACCCUAGGAAGUUGUGUUAUUCCUUUGCAUAUUCUUCAAAGAAGGUUUGAUCAUAAACCGGUGAACACACAGUGGUUCAAUCUUGAAAAGAAGGGAACUAAGUUUUCUAGCAGAAUCCAUCUAAGGAUCUGUUUGGAUGGAGGUUACCAUGUGUUGGAUGAAUCUACCCAUUACAGCAGCGAUUUAAGGCCAACCGCCAAGCAAAUGUGGAAACCGAGCAUUGGAAUUCUCGAAGUAGGGAUUCUGAGUGCUCAUGGACUUAUGCCAAUGAAAAACAACAACAAAGAUAAUAGAGGAACAACUGAUGCUUACUGUGUGGCUAAGUAUGGCUCAAAAUGGGUUCGAACAAGAACCAUCAUUGAUAGCUUUCACCCCAGAUGGAACGAGCAGUACACUUGGGAGGUUUUCGAUCCUUGUACAGUUAUAACAAUCGGGGUGUUCGACAAUUGCCAUCUUCAUGGAAAUCUGCAUGGAAAUAAUGGAAUAAUGAGAGAUUCAAGAAUUGGGAAGGUUAGAGUAAGGCUUUCAACCCUUGAAACUGAUCGAGUUUAUACACAUUCAUAUCCUCUCAUAGUCUUGCAUCCUUCAGGUGUAAAGAAGAUGGGUGAAGUUCAAUUGGCCGUGCGAUUUUCCUGCUCAUCAUGGAUCAACAUGUUGCAUAUGUAUUCUCAUCCUUUGUUACCCAAAAUGCAUUACAUUCAUCCAUUAUCUGUAAUACAGCUUGAUAGCUUGAGACACCAGGCUACUCAAAUUGUUUCAAUGAGACUCAGUAGAGCAGAACCUCCUUUGAGAAAAGAGAUCGUGGAGUAUAUGUUAGAUGUGGAUUCUCAUGUGUGGAGUAUGAGAAGGAGCAAAGCAAACUUCUUCAGAAUCAUGAAUGUUCUGAGUGGAAUUAUCGCGGUUGGUAAAUGGUUCGAUCAAAUCUGCAACUGGAAAAACCCGAUUACCACUAUUCUUAUUCACAUCCUCUUCAUAAUCCUCAUUGUUUUUCCCGAACUAAUUUUGCCCACGGUUUUUCUCUAUCUUUUCUUGAUUGGGGUUUGGAACUACCGGUGGAGGCCUAGGCACCCGCCUCAUAUGGACACUCGGCUCUCACAUGCUGACGUGGCACACCCUGAUGAGUUGGACGAAGAGUUUGACACUUUUCCCACUUCUCGGGGGAGUGACAUCAUUCGGAUGAGGUAUGAUAGGGUACGGAGCAUAGCGGGUAGAAUUCAGACCGUUGUGGGAGACUUGGCUACACAAGGGGAGAGGUUUCAGUCGUUGCUGAGCUGGCGAGAUCCGAGAGCAACGGCGUUGUUUGUUACCUUAUGUUUGGUAGCUGCAAUUGUGUUGUAUAUAACUCCUUUCAAAGUGGUCAUGCUCUUCUAUGGAAUCUACACGCUGAGGCACCCUAGAUUCAGGGUGAGGCUUCCUUCUGUACCGAUCAAUUUCUUCAGAAGGCUACCUGCAAGAACUGACAGCAUGCUGUGAGAAAAGGUGCAGACUAAUAUUAUGUGAUUAGCUAAUGUUCAAUGGAUUUAUUAGAUUUCAGUUGAGAUUGCUUUAAAGGUUUUCCAUUUGAAUGCUGUAAUUUUUAGUUUUAUUAUCUCUUCAACUUUUGGGAAUUACACGAUUUUCGAAUUAUUUUCUGCUGGUUUCAGCUAACUAAUCUUGAAAUUGUAAUAUUUGAUACAUUUGCAUGAAUUACAGAACUAUAAAUCAACACUUAAUUAA